AUGGUCAGCGCCCGUGCAGAUGCGGUCCAGCCCGCCUCGUACCUGACCGAUACUCUUCCCGCCCAGCUUCCGCCAAUAUUCGAGCAGGCGCAACACACCACGGCCAACCACCGGAAGAAUAUCGUUGCGCUCCGCAAGAUCCAGGUGGCAUGCGCGACAAUCACCGAGGAGACUAGCAAGGGAACCAAGCUGGUCGGAGAAAAGGCGUUCAAUACGCUGUUUGUGAAUAUGGUGAACGUGGUGCUGGGGGUGAAGAAGGGGGUUGCGGUUGCGGAUCGGGUGGUGAAGUUUGUGGCGAACUAUGUGGCCUACACCACCGAGCAAGAUAUGGCGAGCAGGCCGGAAGGAGAGGAAGACGUCGAUACUGCCGCUACUCGCUUCGUCAAUCGCCUACUCAAGCACCUGCUGUCCGGGAUGGAAGCCAAGGACAAGAAUGUUCGCUUCCGAGUGACGCUACUCACAGUGUCGAUGAUCAAUGGUCUGGGCGAGAUGGAGUCAUGA